ACCUUCUAUGCGACAAGUUACAAGUUACAACACCUCUAUUCAUCCCACCCUUUACACCUACAUACCUACCGAUCCGCACCUAUUCACCGACGACCUAGCAUUCUCUGAGAGUGCGCGCAAAACGAAAACUAGAAGUUACAUACGAUACCAUAUCCGUACAUACCUAAGUUGACGAAUGGGAGGAUCCUAGGAUUUGGCCGGGGCCAUAUACUAUUGCCAUAAGGCAACGAUCGAAUAGUAGAAGGUGUAGGAAUCAUGGCGGACUUCGAUAGGAACGUGCUGGAGUUCUACCAGCUGUCUACACCAUUCCCCACUGAAUGGCCUACGGAGAAGGACAAGAGUGACGAUUCGGAUAGUGAACUAGAACAAAAGAAGCAGAAAAUCAAUCGAAGGAAAUCCCGAUAUCAAGCACUCGAACGAGCUGUUAGCAAUAGAGCUAGUAUUGUCCAAGGAUCUGAGAAGUCGGCAAAUGGAGUGAGCAACUUGGUCCAGAAGGAUGAGCCCGAUCCGUUGGGGACGUCGGAUAGCGUCGUCAGAGCAUUGAAGUCAUUGGGAGUACCGGUUCAAGAUGAUAUUCGUUUACGGAAUCGCUUCCUCUUGUCGUCCACGAGCUUCUCUCCUGCGUUGUUCUUAUCCCAAAUGCAUGCGGCUGCCGAUACCCAAUCCCUAUUGAACGGUCUCGAGGUGCUUUCCAAGUCCAUUGACCAAAAGUCCGCAUCCUUGAAAGUCCUUGUCGAGUCCAAUUUCGAGAGAUUCGUUCGAGCCAAAGCUACAAUCGACAAUGUUUAUAAAGAGAUGAAGUACAGGGGUGUUGAACCUCCAUCUCCCAUAAUUCGCGCCCGUGGACAUUCCCGACAUGCUAGUAGGAGUAGUUUCAGGAACAGCAUGGGCGGUGCCGCACUCGGUACAAACCCACUAGUAUCUCCUGUCCCUGAUAUCACCAAAAAGAAGAAUGCAUUGGUUAAAGAGAGCGAUUACGGAGUCAUGGGCAUCAAGACGCCCUUGUUGGACGUCGCGGCAAAGGCUGAAGAUGUUUGGGGCCCUGCGCUCGGUGGUCGGGAGAAGGAGGAGAAUCUCAAGACCGUUUCGACCUCGCUUGAUCGGUAUAAGGAGUACAUCGAAGCAAGUUCCAAUAUUGCCGAUAGUAUUAAGAGAAAAGAUUAUGAAGCCUUGGUAGAGGAGUAUGUCCGCGCCCGAAGGUUCGCAGAUGAAGCGCGGAAACUUGUUGAAGAAUUAGGCUCGACGCCGCCGAGUGAGACGCAGACAUACCAGAUUCUUCUCGCGGCUAGAAUGUGGUACGACGUCGAGGAACAAAUUCAACUCUUCAAACGCGACGUAUGGAGGAGGCUUACAUCGCUUCAUACGGUGAACAGGGCAGAAACUUUGGCCGGCCAACCACAAGACCAACAUAUGGAAUUAAUCAGCUUAUUGCUAGAACUUGGUGUUGAUGACAAUCCGAUCUGGGUAUGGCUUCUAAGUAGGUACGACUAUCUGAAGGGAAAGAUAGCUUCGACCGGCGAACGGGCAAAAGUCGAGAUCGAAGUACUUCGACGCCGUCUAGCAAACGCUGAAAAACCAGCACCUCAGAUGAUGGCUUCACAUCUGAAACAUCUCGGCCGACAAUCGGUUGAUAGUAAAGCCACCGGAUUGGAUUCCGCUGACGUCAUCGAAUUAUGGGAGAAGAUGCUAGCCUUCUUAUCAAGUCUCCUAUCCGCCCAGGGUAUUCUAGGAGAGGUAGUAGAAUUCUGGCAAACUGUCGAGAGCUUUAUCGACGGAAAAGCACAGAAGUCGUUACCCACAGGUUACAAUGGCGAAUCCCGCGACCAUCACCGGCUUUCUCAGCAGGGAACUGUUGAUUUACAGAAAGGCACUGUUGAAUUAGUUGAUAUGAUACGUUUGCACGUCUUUGAAUUCUUUGCUGGUGCUCCCCCCGAGGAUAUUUCGCUACUCUUCUCUCCGUUGCCGCCUUCGCCCGGAACUCCUUUGUCAGCAGGGCUGACACCUACUAGCGCACGAGACCCUCGUUUCAACUUCGAUGCGAAUAAUCUACCUCCUCCAUCCCCUAAAAGAGGCGAACCAUGGGAGAAAUUCGCAUUCUGGCCGCCGACUUCCAAUUCGGUUAGCGGAGUACACUACCUAUCCAAGAUGCUUAGCUUGGUGGGAUCUGGCGCAUCCGAGAUGGCGAGCGUAGCUCCUGUCAAGCAAGAAGAUGCGAACCAGGUUGAGAUGUUAAAGACCCUUGUUGGUGCUGCAAGAGAGAGGUCCGUCACUGCGUUAUGCGCUGCGUGGAACAAGGACGCCGAAAACAUUAAGUAUGUCGAGGAUUGGAAGCGCACCAAGGAGAUGGGAGACGUCACGCGCAUGCCGGCAAGCUUCGCAUCAUUCGAAGGCGCCUUGCUCUCUGGGAUGCAGAAGAUUCUCUACAUUCCAGAGGCAAUGGCUAAGCCUGGCUCCGGGGGUAUCGUCCUUGCGCCGCCGUCAAAGCUCUUACAGAUGGUGCGAAGUCAAUACGUCACGACGCUUUACAAGGCCCUUAGCGGAAUGGUUGAAAAUGCGGAACGCGCGAUUAAGAAGGCGGAUGAUGAGUGGACUGCCGAUGUGGACUUGGUUGUAGCAUCCGUCAGCGAUAGAGCGUCCCUGACUGUUAACUCGGGGACCGUCGACGCUGGUGACAGGAAUGUUCGCAUGCUCUUAACACUCGGCAACCUCCAUGCCCUGCGCACCAAGGUAGUUCCCAACCUAAACGGCCAGUUUGAGAACGCUUUCUCCGUAAAACUCACCGACGAAUCCAAAACCAUCAAGGACGUCCUCGGCCAAAUCGACGCCCGCCUCUUCCAGACAUUCACACGCCCCUCGCUAGACGCCCUACGCAAGGUCAUCCGUGCCGGCCUCGCGGACCCUAAGUGGGCUCCACCUAAGCCCUCGGAAGUCAAACCGUACGUCUACGAGGCCCUACUCACCCUCGUGCUAGUACACACCCAAGUCUCCACGACAGCCCCCAGCAUGACACACCAAGUAAUAUCCUACCUCCUCGAGCAAAUCAGCCGCGAGCUCCUCGAAUGCCUCAAAGCGCGCCCGAAAUUCGACCUAGGCGCACUUAUGCAAGCGACCCUCGACGUCGAGUUCUUCGCUCAAACCCUCAGCCAGUACACGACCGAGCGCGCGUCAGGCAUCCAGGGAGAAGUCUACUCCAUGCUCGACUCCAAGACGGAUAACCAGGCCAGGGCCAGGUUACAGGAUGAAUUGCCUGGAAUGCGCGAGGUCCUGAAGAAGCUUAGGGAGCAGAGCAGGAGCGAGUUCGCGUGCUUUAAACGGCCUCGGCGGAACGGUGGCGGCGCCGGAAGCGGCGGGUCUAGUACUGCUACUGCGGGGUCUGGGGUUGGGCCCGGGACUCUGGAACGUACGGCUACGGGCUAGGCGCUUGUUAGACGGCGUACGGGAAGGGGGAGCGUUGGUGCGAGAGAUGCUGGUGGAGGAGGAGAAGAGGGGAGUGGUGAUUAUAGAAUCGCGGGGUUCCUUAGCCCGCAGCGGUUUGUGGCGGCUAGACCCCCGAUCCAACUCCCUGUGCUGGCGGAUACCGAGGCGUAUGUGCUUGAGUUCAGGCUUAGGGCUUGGAAGUUGGGGGAUAGUUUGUAGAGGGGAAGAUGAGAGAAGAGG